AUGGUUGUUUGUGCAACUAAUUCAGGAAAAUCAGCUAUAAUCACAAAGAAAAGAGGCAAAGAUGAAAUCAUUGCAAUCCCAGAAAUUGUUGAACGCUAUAGGCAGUUUAUGAUAGGUAUUGAUAUGUUCGACCAAAAUAAAACUGUAAUAAAUCAAGCAAUUUCAGGAAUGGAUUGGAUAAUAAAAAUUGAAAAUACAAAAGAAUGCAUCUUCUGCUAUUAUCAAAAAGGAAAGAAAUCAAGGAAUCCUUAUAUUUGUUCAGAAUCUAAGAUACUCCUUCAUCCAAAUUGCUUUUAUAACUAUCAUUAUAUUAAUGCAUUAGCAGAGAAUAUAGGAGUCCAUGAUUUCAUUCUUUUAAGACAAUCAUCACCUUGAAAACUUAUAAUUAGAAACGUUCUAAACAAAGCCCACCAGCCUCAUUCAUUUUUCAUUUCUUCAACAAUUUGAUAA